GCCGAGGUGUCAGGUUUCAGUGUCGGCUGGCAGCUCUUUAGAGUCGAUCCGGAAAGAAACACGAUUUCCUUUGUGACCACGAUUGAAUUUAAAAUACUUAUUGACUUCACGUCACAGAGACAAGGCAACAUUUCCACAUCACAUCCUCCCCUCUCUGUUCCAGUGCAGCCAUGGCACCUAAAUAUGACGGCCUGUCCCACUGUAAGCUGGCCCUGGUGUUUGCUGUGCUCAUGGACUUACUGGGUGUGAUUUCCCUGCUGCUGGGGGUCUUCGCUGAACUUGAGAUCCAAGGCCGAGACUUUGGGGAUCUGCUGGUGUACACAGGAGCCCUCCUGGUGCUGCUGUCCCUGGCGGGCUGGGUCAUGUGGUACAGUGGCAAUAUUGAAGGUCUCACCUCUCAGAAGGAGCUGGGGAAGACUGCUGGAGCUAUGGACCGCCUCGCUCGCUCCCUGAGCCGCAGGAUACGCAUCCCCAGAACUCGCAGCAGCCCCACAUAGGAAGUGGAACCUGAAGAUACGGACUGACUGAUUGACUGUUACAUGAAGGGCUGCCUGCCUUUAACCAGGCAGCUGGCCAAACUGCCUGAGGCAAGGGAGUGUCACUCCUGGUUGUCGUUCUCCUCACAAAACAAAAGCCUCAUUCACAUGGGAAAAAUGACCUGUCAGUGUCAUUUGUUGUGUUGUCAUAAGGAAAACUGGGAAAAUGUGUAUACUGGAAGCUGUAUAUGGACUACACUCAGGUUUAUGUAAUAAGCAUUAUAGAUUCCAAUAUAUGAAGAUUAAAAACAUGAAUCUCAUGUAUUAAUUUGUCAGUUUCCUUUGAAGUAGGGCUGGGCCAUAUAUCCUGAGAAUUAUAUCGCGAUAUUUUUAGGCUAUAUCUCAAAACACAAUACAUAAAAAAAAGAAUGUAUAUUAAAAAAAUAAAAUAACAUAUAUUUAUAUUUAAAUCUCCUCCAGCGCACCUUAUCAGUGCUCGGACAGGAAAACAAAAUCGAACAUAACAAUAUUUCUUACCAAAUACUCUCAGAUGCAAACAAAAAAGUUGCAGAAAAUAUUAUUACAAUGAGAUUGUUGAUCAAUAAUCAUCAGUAAUGUGGAUAUAACCACUAAGUGGGUUAAGGCAUCACUUUACUGUAUUUCUGUCUUUAAAAUGAGGGAAAAACCCACUUAUUAUAUCAUGAUACAAUGAUAUCUAAAAUCUAAGACGAUGUAUCAUGACACAAUAUAAUGUCUUAAUAUUGCCCAGCCCUACUCUGGAGUUAUUAUUUUUUUUAUUUUGUAAUGUGGUGAUAACAAGUGGGUCAAGUCGUUCAUCUUUACACUUGCAGAGUUGUAUUUCGAGAUCGGUCUACACCACUUUUAAAAGGUCUCUGUCUCAGAAUCACCUCCAAUCAUCCUCAGUCUUGUCUCACUCUGACAAAGAGGACUCAGGAUGUUAAUUCAAGACCAGUUAAAACCACAACUAUGGGAUAUCUAAGUUGCCUGUGUGAAAAAGGAAUGCUGAAAAUGAAUGGUUAAGGCAAAUUCCGACACAUAAAAUUCACCUCUGCAAUCUCUUUUUAUCAAGACACAUGGUACGUGUAAAUAUACGCACAUAUAUACAGUAUGGCAAUGAAAGUGAAUGAGGAGUCUUCAAAUGUUUUCUGUGUGUUUUUAUGGGAAUGUGGAUGUCUCGGAUCAGAUUCAGGAGUGCAUAUGGUUUUUAUGU